UGGGCGGGGCUUGAGAGAAAGGAAGGUCUACCUCGGUAGCUCGGACGGGGCUGUUCCUGUAUAGUCGGUUGUCUCGAAAGGCACAGUGCGCUCGUCGGAACUUAAUAGAGAUUUCAUCCGGUUAGGAAUGUAAAUUGUUAUGUAGAGUUUGGUAAAAAGAGAAGUAAAACGUGCAUUUUUCAUGACAGAGUCAUAACCUGUCAUUCCUACCUUGAAUCAUUCCUACCUUGAAUCAUUCCUAAGGUUUGUGAAAUCCUUUGGUGUCCUUGGAAUAAGUGAACGAUGUUACCCUCUCUGCAAAGUGCAUCUCCAAGACUCCCUCCCCUGCUGGACAGUCACAGUCAGUGUGAGGAGAAUGAUGAGACAAUGAGUGACGUAUCCAUAUCUAGUGCCCUACACUUAAGGCCCCAUAGUCAACUCAAUUAUCCAGAAGUCCUCAACCAGAGCAGGAUGGCCAAUAGAGAGCCACACGGCAGCCAAGAAGAACCACCAUCAAGAUCCAGCCCAAACUGGCCACCCCAGGGACUAUGUGCUGGCUACAGCCCCCAGACACCCUACCCCGGACAGGAAGAGAUGUGUCUGAGUGCCCUGGACCACCAGAGGUACGCCUGGCUGAAAUCCAGCUUUGCCAACAGCAGCGACGGACGCACUGGAGGGCCAUACCCAGACAGCCUGCCAUCCUACUCAUACCCACACUGUGCAGACUUUGCCAGUUGCCCAGUAGAGGAGGGCUAUCAUGACCAGGGUAAAUCCCACCACUCAUUCCCUGGGCGAUACAGCCCCAGCAUCAGUAGCCUGGAGCAGCCGUACUCUCUGCUCUCCUGCCCACCAGAGGCUGCUCUCCGCUACCCUUUCCUUCCCCCGUACCCCUACCCAACUCAGGGCCCGGUCUGCUGUGCACAGUGCCCUGCACAGGGGCUCGGAAUGGGCCCUGUCCUACAGCUCGUUCCAAGGCCAAGUUACCGUCCACCCUACUAUGGUCCGGACCACUGCAGACAUCAAGAUGCAGCUGGCACCACUCAAAGUGAGAGCUUUGUCCCCCAACACAGACAAAGUGACAGACCAGGGAGUAGUACACAGCUGUCAUUGGAGCAAAGAAAGGUCUUUGUCACCUAUGAGAGAGACAGCGACAACCAUUUUAAAGAGACCAUGAACUUUGUUUCCCUGCUGCGUCACAACGGCUUUGACACUAGUGUGGAUGUAUUUGAGCAGCAGCUCAUAAGUAUUAGCGCCAUUGACUUCAUGGAAAAAUACAUCAACGAGAAAUAUUACCUUAUCAUCAUUGUUAUCAGUCCCAAGUAUCAUGAGACUGUAACGGGGGCUAAUAUCUAUAUGGAGAAAGACGAGAGGAUGUUACACACAGUCUAUAUCUAUAAGCAGCUGCAGAAUGAGUUCAUUCAGAAUGGAUGCCAGAACUUCAGAUUCAUUCCCAUACUGUUUCCAGGAGCUAAAAAGUGCCAUGUUCCUGCCUGGCUCCAGAACACUCUAGUCUACACCUGGCCAAAGGACAGAGACGACAUCCUACGUCGACUGAUGAGAGUGGAGAAGUACAACCCUCCGCCUGUUGGGGAGCUACCCACCAUCGUCUCCACCCCCCUCUAGAACCACAGCCUGUUGGGUUUACUUUACAGUGAAGUCCAGUCAUGCUGUUUUUCCAUCAGGACUGGGUCCUAAUCCCAGCCUUUUUGGGGUGAAGGCACUAGUGUUAUUCUAGGGAAUUUGUGUUUCCAUAGCUAUGGCUGGCUGAGUGACACAAAGUUGUGAAGCACAUAAUCAAUAACCUCUGAAUACUCGUCUUUUGAGAACAUCUGUUGCAGUAUUCUGCCCAGGGAGGUUGCAAUAAAUUGGAUUUGAUUGAUAUUUA